AUGGCUUCUCACAAGAUCAUGCAACUCCUGGCCAAGAAACAAAAGCAGACUCAUCCCAUUCCCCUAUGGAUUCGAAUGAAAACUGGUAACAAAAUCAGGUACAAUUCCAAGAGAAGACAUUGGAGAAAAACCAAGCUGGGUCCAUAA